GUGUGUGUGUGUGUCAGACGAGUGCCUUCUCUUUAAGAGGAGGCUUUCCCGUUCGCUCUGACCACACUCUCAUCUGGGACCAGUGGUGAGACAGACGUGAUCUUUUCUUUGCUUCUGGUGAACGAGGACUCUGAGCUGUAGAUAUGGCUCGUCUGGAUCACGUCAUCACAAACAUUGUGGAUAUAUUCCUGGAGUACGCCGAAGAUGAGGGCAAGAAGCGCCAGUUAAACAAGGAGGAAUUAAAGAAAGUGUUGCAGCAAGAAAUACAAAGUCCCGAGUUGAAAGGUACAAUCAAUGCAGAUGAUAUUGAGGAAGCCAUGCAGAUGCUGGACAAAAACCAUGACGGUGAGGUCAACUUCCGGGAGUUUUGUCGGUGUGUGUCAGACCUGGCCAAGUGCCACUACAACAAGAAGACAGGCAAGGGAGGCAAGAAAGGCAAGGGCAAAGAACAGGAACCUGAGCAAGAAGACUGAAGAUUAACUCUUAACAUUUUGGAAGCUCUGUAACAUGUUAGAAAUAUUAUAUAUAUAUAUUUGGCAUAUACACAACUUAGAUUUCAUGUGUGACCCAGUCUUCAAGAUGAUAUUGCUCUCAAGCUAUUUUGCACGUUUAUGAAAACUCAAGCAUGUUGUGUCUAAAACAUGCAUGCAACAUGUGGUGUUAACUUUACAAACUAAAAAUAAACUUUCAAAAACGAAUGAAUUUGUCGGGGGCUUCCUCUGUCGUUUGAAUCAAUCACUGCACGACUCACUGGAGAGUAUCUGGUGUUGUUGUUGUGAAAGGAAACAAACGCUGGCUCAUGAAACAUUCAGCAGACAUCACUCACUGGGUUCUCCAGUGCACACCAGCAGUGCUUCAUUAUGGGACAUGUUUCCUCUAUAGUUGGCUGCAUUGGUGGAGUAAGUAGUCAAGAACUUUACUUACCAAUAAAUGGACAUAAAUGUACUCAAGUAAAAGUAAAAGUACAACAAUUGCUUUUUCUCCAUUGGUAAAAGUAAUUGAAGUUUUAAAAGUAAAGGUCUUGUCAUUCUGACUGGAUCAAUUCUCCUUGGUAUGGAUUGAUUACUUGUAUAUUAAAAACUGUGUGAACUUGUAA